UAAGCGUUGUUAAUUCGUAAGCGUUGUUAAUUCGUAAGCGUGUCCCUGUGAAUCACACCCUCGUAAAUCACACCCUUAAAAACACCCAUCCCAUAAAUACCCCCCUACCCCAUAACUACCACCCAUCUCAUAAACGUACCUAUCGCCCAUAAAUACCCCUCCUCUACUCAACACCUAAUCAAAUCACCACUAACACAGUUUCACAUAAACAAUUAUAAACCCUUCACCACCCCUCCUCAUGUUCCUAUUCAUCUCCCUGCUAACAUCCAAACUGAUAGAACUGCACUUCCUGCACAAUGACAGUCUUGUGCUGGGCAUAGACACCCUCCACCUGUCCGUACUGCCCCUAAGCAAGGCCUUCCAGCAGGCACUGAACACGUACUGCACAUUCGCACAGCUACGUAAGAUAUCGGACAACCACUACGAAGUGUUCUACUGCGGUAUGAAGGUGUGUGUGGAUAGGGAGGAGCGGGACGUGGCGGUGUGCACGUAUGAUGAGCUUGAGAGCGUGUUUAGGAUGGUGGUGGUAGAUGAUGAUAAGUACAUGCUGGAGAGCGAUGGGCGGUGUGUUACGUACUACUAUGGACGAGUUGGCUUGGGGAAGUGUGAUGGUAGGGAUGAGCAGGUGUUUGUUGCUAGGGAGGGUGGUGGCAGUGUUGAUGGGGGCACUAUUGCUGAGAAAGAGAAGAUCGUGCUGGAAGUGAUGGACAAGAAUGAGGAGUACUACAGGAGAGAGUCUCUCAAAGGCAUAGGACGUAAGUGAAGUGUUGUGUAUAUGGUGAUUAAUUGUGGUGAAGGGGUGUGGUGAUUAGUUGUGGUGGUGAAGGGGUGUGAUGAUGAAGUAUUGUGUAUAUGGUGAUUAAUUGUGGUGAGCAAUUGUGGUGGGCAGUACCUGCAUUAUUAAAUGGCAGUGCUACUCCGUUUAUAAAACGUAGUAAAAUUUGCUUGCAUAAUAAACGGCACUUCC